CAUGGCUGUUGUUGGAGUCGGCUAUGGUUGAUCUUUACUUUGAGAGACCUAUAAAACGUUUCUGGGCAGUUGAUUUUUGUCAAGUUUCCUCAAGGGAUUUUGACACUUCCCUACUGGUGCUUCUUCUGAGGAAUAUCUGGGGUCUGACUCUCCCUGCCUCUGGCCAGGAUGACCUUCCUCUGGUAACAGACACCACUCCAGCAGCUGAUAUCACUCGUAUCAAGAUCCUCAGAGACAGAGUUUAUAACAGCCAUGUUACCAGUGGUUCAGUUGAUGAUCCAACUUUCAGUUUCUACUGGAAUGAUAUCCAAGACACCUUUCAGCGUAUUGGAGGGGUCCACUAUCAGAAUGCUAUCGAUGAACUCAAAAUUGAUUGUAUGGAUGCCGAUCUUGAGGAAGGCUAUCAAGAGCUUUUGAAAGAGUGGUUGAAGGAUGAAGAGUGCAUCACAGACAAAUCACAUGAAGAUGAAGUGGCAAAAAAGGCCAGAAAGGAAGGUGACCUGGAGGAUUCCAUUGAGAUUUCUGAACAAAGUGCAAGGAAAGAAGAGAUAAUAAUAAUGCCAGGGGAGAAUAGAUCAGCACUGAAUAGUAAUGCCAGCCCACCAAAGCUUAGUGUUACACUUCCACUGAUGAGGGACCUUCCAGAAACCUCUUCUGCUUGGAUCAAUGUUGAACUCCCUGUUCAUAUUCUGUUAUUAACAGUGGAGGACUGUGAGUUCUUAAGCUGCUUUGCCUUCCUGAAAGAACCCUUUAAGAGUUACCACAUCAGUAUUGGCUAUGUAUACUUUGGCUGCAUUGGUGAUGAUCAAGGAAAGAAAAUGAAAAUUGCAUUGAUGAGGUGCUCUAAAGGUCCUGAUGUUCCUGGGGGCUCUUUGUCUGCGACAAAAGAUGCCAUCUUACUCUUGAGACCCAAGGCUAUUUUUUCUGUUGGUGCCUGCAGUGGUUUAGACACCAGAGAGGUCAAGUUAGGAGAUGUGGUUGUUUCAGCAAAGCUGAUAACAGCUGCACACAAAACUCCCCCCAGCAGAGAUAUUGGUAACCUGAUCAAACAUGUGGCUGAUGGGUGGAAGGCACCUUUACAAAAUGCUGAUGAAUAUAAUGCCAAAGUGCACUGUGAUGGAGUGUUUCUGAGUAUCUCAGAGGCAAACAAGGACAUGAUUGGUCAACAUCCUGAAGCAAUUGCAGUUGAAAUGGAAGGUGGAGGUGAGAAUCAUGUGCCAAUGAAUUACCUGCUCAAGGUACUGAUACUAGAUGGAAUGAUGGCUGACAGCACAUGGUGUAAACUGGUUAUCAAGUCGCAAACUCCUCUUGGAGGAUUUCAGUGUGUUGUGCUUACUGCAUCCUUGACCGCCAUUUUGAUCGCUGUACAGGUUUAUCAUCCCAAUGAUAGACUUAACUUCAGCUGCGAUCCCAAACCCAGUGAUUUUAUCAGAAAUUCUUGCUAUAACAAGGAGAAAUCAAAUCUAAAUAUAGCUGUAAUUGCUGUGGGUGCCAUUUUUAUUCUGUUUGGUAUAUUGGAAAUCCUGUACUUGUGGUGUACAAAGGGACAUGUUGUGCAAAAGAUACUUGGAGAUGUUGAAAUUGUUGAGCUUGGCCCUCUACUUCGAAGUUUACCUGAGAAACCCACCAUCACAAAUGUAGAAAGUGAAGUUGACAAAGAUUUCACUGUGACCUGGUCAGAAGUAGAGGCUAAUAGCAGUAAUUGCAGCAUUAAAUACCGUCUGGAAUGGACGAAACAACCCAUGACACAAUCCACAGAACUGGUUCAACGGGGAAACAUUGUGGAAACUCACUACGAGAUAACUGGUCUCGAGUAUGACGCAGAGGUAGUAGUAAGUAAGUUAACCACACUGUCUCUGAGUAAUAAUAUCACUGAUACCAGUGCUGCCAGUCUCUGUGAAGCUUUACAGCAUCCAAGCGGUAAGCUUAACACACUAGAUCUGGCAGAUAAUGAGGUAACUGAUACCGGUGUUGCCAGUCUAUGUGAAGCUUUACAGCGUCCAAGCUGUAAACUAACCACACUAAAUCUGAGGCGUAAUGAGAUCACUGAUACCGGUGUUGCCAGUCUAUGUAGAGUUUUACAGCAUCCAAGCUGUAAGCUUACCACACUAAAUCUGUGCCAUAAUGAGAUCACCGAUAUCGGUGUUGCCAGUCUAUGCAAAGCUUUACAGCAUCCAAGCUGUAAGCUUACCAUGCUAUAUCUGUUGGGUAAUGAGAUCACUGAUGCCGGUGUUCCCAGUCUAUGUGAAGCUUUUCAGCAUCCAAGCU